AGAGGACUUGGUGCUGGUGAAUAUGUAACGGAUGAGUACCAAGAUGCUGUCUCGUUGGCACGGGAACGGUGCCACGGGCUAGAGCUUCGAUUGGAACGAAGUGAGACUGUUGUAGCAUAGCGAUGAGCGUCGAAACUGAUACACUUGAACUCGAGGUCUUCGAGGUACGAGACAACGAUUGUACCGGCGAAACCUCCGGCAAGCGAGGAGCAUCACUGUCAUCAUCAAAACUCGGAAGAUCAUCAAAACCCAGAGACAUUGAACCCAUAGUGCUGGCGAACCCCACGACCAGCAGCAGUAGCACCUGGCGCAAGAAGCGGAAGCGUCGGAAAUCAAAAAAUAAACAGCAACUGCAGCUGCAGUUGCCAAGCAGCCAGCGCCCAAGCUUGGGGCUGGCUCACCAGACAGUCGUAAAUUUUCCGUCGUCCUCCAAGGACUUAGAACAGACUGAAGGCGAGUGCUCGAAGCGCGACUCCUCGAGCAGCCUCGGGGGGCCCAGUGCUCGCCACACCACCUUAAGGGAAUCUCUGCUAACUGUGCUUGGCAAGCUAGUUGUCUGGAAGGGCACCAGGUACCGACCCACUCCCACGAACCCGGCCACUGGAACGUCCACUAAUUCCUCUUCAGUGCCACCGAACUCUCCUCCAGCUACUGAGUGCAUUGGAAGAGGAACUGUUUUCUUCUCCAGUGAAACGGAAAGGCGAAUUCGAGCGAACAAUCGCGAGUACAAUUCACAAUUUAAAUAUGCGAACAAUUAUAUAAAAACGUCCAAGUACUCAGUAUUGACGUUUCUGCCAUUGAAUUUGUUUGAACAAUUUCAACGAUUGGCUAAUUUUUACUUCCUAUGUCUGCUGGUGCUUCAAAUGAUUCCUGCAAUAUCAUCUCUAACCCCAAUUACUACAGCAAUACCUCUUAUUGGGGUACUUACACUCACUGCCGUCAAAGAUGCCUACGACGACUUUCAACGACAUAGCAGCGAUUCUCAAGUUAAUAAUAGAAAGUCGCAGACAUUACGAGGUACCCAGCUCAAAGUUGAAAAAUGGUCGCAAGUACAAGUCGGCGACGUUAUUAGGAUGGAAAACGAUCAAUUUGUCGCCGCCGAUGUCCUUUUAUUAUCGACGAGCGAACCUAAUGGCCUCUGCUACAUCGAGACUGCUGAAUUAGACGGCGAAACAAAUUUAAAAUGCCGUCAAUGUUUAACUGAAACUGCUGAGAUGAUGGACAACAACGAACUAAUUGGUGAAUUUGACGGUGAAAUUGUUUGUGAAACGCCCAAUAAUUUAUUGAAUAAGUUCGAUGGUAUAUUAACGUGGAAAGGCAACAGGUACGCCCUGGACAACGAUAAAAUAAUAUUACGUGGUUGUGUGCUACGGAACACACAAUGGUGCUACGGAGUGGUAAUCUUUGCAGGCAAAGAUACCAAAUUAAUGCAAAACUCAGGAAAAACAAAAUUCAAGCGAACCUCCAUAGAUAGACUAUUAAAUCUUCUAAUUAUCGGAAUUGUAUUUUUUCUGCUAUCACUUUGUUUAUUUUGUAUGAUCGGCUGCGGCAUAUGGGAGAGCCUGGUAGGCCGGUACUUUCAAGCAUACUUACCCUGGGACUCGUUAGUGCCUACAGACCCUCUGGGGGGUGCGACAGUAACUGCCCUGCUAGUAUUUUUUUCAUACUCGAUUGUUCUAAACACUGUUGUGCCAAUAAGUCUGUACACAGACAGAUCCAUCCACAAGUCCAAAAAGUUUACCGACAUAAGGAUGCACUGGAAAAACGGCCAGGAGUUUGUCCAGCAGCACCCGGUCAGCGCGAACGUCCGCUUGCUCGAACAGGCUGAUCAAAUAUCGAGUACCACCCCAGAGCCUGUCAUCAGCGCCCUCAGUGAGACGCUCGACACUUCAACUGUUCCCCCGUUGGAUUUUUCCUUUAACGAGUACUACGAGCCAGAUUUCAAAUUCUACGACCCAACACUUUUGGAAGCAGUGAGAAAAGAGGAUGAAAAUGUCCACUUAUUUUUUCGUUUGUUGGCAUUGUGUCACACAGUGAUGCCAGACGAGAGAAACGGCCGGAUAGAAUACCAAGCGCAGUCUCCAGAUGAAGCGGCGCUGGUGUCUGCGGCUCGGAACUUUGGAUUCGUGUUCCGCGAACGUUCGCCGAACAGUAUAACUAUUGAAGUUAUGGGCAAGCGGGAGAUAUAUGAGCUUCUUUGUAUUUUGGAUUUUAACAAUGUAAGAAAAAGGAUGUCUGUUAUUCUUCGACGGAACGGACAUCUUAGAUUGUAUUGCAAGGGCGCAGAUAAUGUCAUUUACGAGCGAUUAAAGGAGGGAAGCGAGGAGAUUAUGUUGAAGACCCAGGAACACUUGAAUAAGUUCGCCGGUGAAGGGCUUAGGACGCUUUGUUUGAGUGUUAAGGACCUCGAGGAGAGCUUUUUCAAUGACUGGAAGCAGAGACACAUGGAAGCGGUGCUCAGUGGCGAGGACAAAGAUGAUAAAUUAGACGCCAUCUAUGAGGAAAUUGAGAAAGAUAUGACGCUGUUGGGCGCCACUGCCAUUGAAGAUAAAUUACAAGAUGGCGUUCCGCAAACUAUCGCUAAUUUAAGUCUCGCUGGUAUCAAAUUGUGGGUUCUGACCGGCGAUAAACAAGAAACGGCAAUUAAUAUCGGAUACUCCUGCCAGCUGCUAACAGACGACCUAACAGAUGUGUUUAUCGUCGACGCAACGACUUACGAUGCCGUAGAGACUCAACUUAAUCGGUAUCUGGAGACCAUUAGAACGGCCUCGAGCCAGCACCGAAAGCCGGCUCUCUCCAUCGUCACAUUCAGGUGGGACAAAGAAAGUGAUACAGAGUACAACCGCGAUGAACCAGAGGAUCAUGAAGCAGAGUCGUCGUCUGGGUUCGCCUUGGUUAUGAAUGGGCACUCGUUAGUUCAUGCUCUUCAUCCUCAGAUGGAAAAAUUGUUCCUAGAUGUCUCUAGCCAAUGUAAAUCGGUAAUUUGCUGCCGUGUAACGCCGCUGCAAAAAGCCAUGGUGGUCGAGUUGAUAAAGAAAAACAAGUCUGCAGUGACGCUGGCGAUUGGAGAUGGAGCUAAUGACGUUUCGAUGAUUAAAACCGCUCACAUUGGUGUGGGUAUAAGCGGCCAGGAGGGCUUGCAGGCUGUAUUAGCGUCCGAUUACUCGAUCGGGCAGUUCAGGUUCCUGGAACGGCUGUUGUUCGUCCACGGGAGAUGGUCUUACUACAGAAUGUCAAAGUUUUUACGUUAUUUUUUUUAUAAGAAUUUUGCAUUCACCUUAUGCCACAUAUGGUUUGCCUUCUUUUGUGGAUUCAGCGCACAGGUAGAUUAUUUUUAAAUACUCAAAAAAAUUUAUCUUACAUU